AAAGAAGUUUUUCUUUCUGACGUGCUUCGACUUUUAUCAUCGUUGCGCGUGACGUAAGCCGUGCAUCCUUUUUCUGGCAAGUCAUAAACUCAUAACCUAAUCGCGCUGCUCGCGUCGGUGAAUAAUUUUUCGCUCCCGCAGUGGCUUUUAUGAUUUUACUGCGCGUUUCUUGCAAGGGCUGAAGGAUGAAAGCUUGGCGCGACGCGGCGAGUCUGAUACUAGCAGCACGCCACGGACAAAAAUACAAUCGCUCGGUAGCUGCUACAACUCACAAUUACAAUCUGUUAUGCCUGCAACGCCACCACAAGUCGCAUUUCAUGCCGGGAAGCUACGUCUUCCCGGGUGGGGUCGUGGACCCGGCCGACGCCGAUGUCAAGUGGCGCGAACUCUUCGCCGCCUUCGGUUUCGAUGACGGCAGCCUCGCGUCUCUGAUCCCGCGAGUCGCGACGCGACCGCUCAUCUUCCGGCCACGGCAGAACGAGCUGCCCAGGGAGAUAACGCUGCGCAUCACGGCGAUCCGCGAGACCUUCGAGGAGAGCGGAGUGCUGAUAUGCAGACGCAGAAGAGACGGCGGCGAUGCUGGCAUCUCCAUUUGGGCCCGGCACAUGUCAAUGCCAAAGAAUGAGCUACAAACGUGGCAGAGUAAAGUCCACAAAGACGCCACGCUGUUCUUCGAGCUCUGCGAGAAGCUGCAGUGCUGUCCGGACUUGUGGGCACUGCACGAGUGGUCCAACUGGUUGACGCCUACGGUUAUGCCCACGACUCGCUACAAUACCAUCUUCUACAUGGCCUGCCUGCCGUUCAAGCCUAACGCCAAGUACGAAGCCAACGAGAUGGAGGGUUUGAAAUGGGAGACGCCGCAGAACCUCAUGAUGGAUUCCACUGUGUUGCCACCACCACAAAAGUAUACAAUCGCACAACUGGCUGGUCUUAAAGACAUCGACAAUCUGCUGGACAGCGCCGUGGAACGUAAUAAAGAGGGUGUGCAACUGUAUUUACCAAUAUUUGUGCAGUUAAAGGACGGCACAGUCAGCGUGUUGCCCGGAGACACGGUAUAUCCGAAGGAAGUUAAUUUGUUGGAGAAACAGAUAAUAAUCGAUAAAUCAGACGUCACCAUAGAUGAAUAUCGGGAAAUGACGCCGAUGAAGAACAGAUUGGAAUUUCACGACAUGGGAAUUAAAGUAGUCGUGUCUGAUAACUUGCCCACUAAAGGAAUUCAAGUGUCUUUCGUGCAGAAGAUUGCGGAGGAAGAACCAGAGAUAAAAAAUAAAUUGUAGCGAAAAAUACGAUUGAAAUAUAUUAUUAUCUCGUUUCGCUUGAGAUUUCUCGGUUCUUGAAUUAAUUGCAUUGUAUCUUGUAUAACUUACUGUAGUGAAAUACCUCUGCAUAAACUGUUAAUUUUUUCAAUAUAAAAUAAUUGUUAUAAAAACUUGA